AUCAUUAAGAAAAAGUAACUCAAAGUGAGUGUUGCUUAAUGUAAUUAUUAUGUUGCACAAGAUUAUGAUGCCUUCUGUAUUGACUCUGCUGACUCUUAUAAGCCUGAAUAACUGUGCUGAAGGUUUAGGAAUUUCCUUUCAAGAUUCAUGCAGAAGAAGCUUUCGUGGCGAUCAAGACUGCUAUUUCAAAGUAAGCGAACAAUGGGACUUUAUCAAAUUCAGAAAAUGGUUAGACAACCUUGAACCUUUGGGUAAGGUUUCUUUAGACAUAUCUUGUGUGGAGGGAGGAUCUAUUAACAUUCCCUGGCCAAUGAGGGCUCGCAAUUUAGAAAGGGUAGUAAUUAAAAACUGUCACAUAAGAGGAUACUUUGCAGAAUACAACGUACCAUCGAGGUAUCCGGAUUCGAUUUUGUACAGACAUGUCGAAAACUGUGUCACAGAAAUCAACCUUCCAGAAUGGUUCAAAAUGAUCAGAAACAUGGAAUUUGAAAAAUCCUAUACUUGUGGACAGGAAUCUGUAAAAACAUCUAUCUGGCGAAAUAAUACCUACAGAUUCAUAAAUGUUCCAAAAACUUCCGAUGCUAAAAUGCUUGAUCUUAUGUUUCAGAUCAGUGACAUUUUCAGAGAAAAGGUUCGAUCUCAGUCUUUUCAAUGCAAUUACAAAAACCUUGAAUACCUUGAAAAUUCCAAUAAUCCGAGCCUUGGAAAACAUUUCAUGGAGGACUUAACACUAAAUGCUUAUUAUCCAAAGCUGCAGACACUUAUCUUUAGUUCAAACAAAAUAUCAAAGAUGCCUACAGAAUUAACGAAGUGGUAUACCAGUUUUCCUAAUUUAGAGUAUCUUGAUAUGUCUAAUAAUAAGUUGAAAUCAUUUUCUUUUGAUGUACCACACCUAUCUAGAAGACAAAGAAGGUUACAUGUUAACUUGAGGAACAACAAUAUCCAUAGCCCGCCAAAAAACUUUUAUCAAUAUCCAUUCCGAUCUGUACCGUUAUCGAUAGAUUUAAGAGGAAAUCCUAUCCGUUAAAAACACACCAGUAUCAAAUAUGAAGAGUUUUUAAAGCCAGUCUGCAUGAAGCCCCUUACCAAAUCAGUGACCUCCAAAAAAGUGUGGGAAUGAGCAAGUCGCUGUGAAAGACAAAAGGACUGUCUUGAAAAUCCAGAUUCUUUAGCAUUAGAUUUCGUAAUGAGUUUAUGCUUCUUUUUGGUUUCCAUGUAUAUCCAAGCAGCAUUUGUCUGAGACUUGAGUGGGAAGGAAAAAAAAAAACAUUAUUUGAUGUUUACAUAUAGACUAUUAUAUUAUCUUUAAACUCUACUCACCAGUUAACAUUCAAAAGAAAUCACUCAUUUCAUUAAUUGUUCCCUGUCUUCUUAAUUUAUUGUUUGUCAACUCUUUUUUUUGUUUGUUUUUUUUGUUCCUUUUAUAUUUGUAAUAAACACUUUUACAGUUUUACAGCUGUAUUUUUGUGAACGUAUGUUGCAUAAAAAGAAAAGAUAAUUAUCAAGGAUAAUGCUACUAAUCGCCAUGAAUUUGCCGAUGAAGAACUGAUUUUUGCAUUUUGGGGAAAUUAAAAUAUUCAUUCAUUCGUACCAUGGAUGUAUGCUCCAUGUAUGUAAAGUUUCUUUAGGAAUAAAACAGCUAAUUUUUUAAGAAA